CUUUUUAUCUUUUGGGUUGUAAUAUUUUUUUCCAUUUUGUUUUGUUUUGUUUUGUUUUGUCUUAUGAUGAUCCAUACUUUUCUGGUAGCUGUGUAGUAUGUACUGCUAUGAAAUGUCCAUCUCUGAAGUCUCAUUAUCUUCUCCAUGCUCAAUCCCUGAUGCUCUGAGAAUUCAGGCUGUUUCCAAGUCAAUCUCAGACAAACUCCUCACAAAAUUCUCAGAUUUAUCAGAGUUUGGCUUUGAUUAUUCCCAGAGUGGGCUGUGGUCUCCCCCCAUUCAAAGAAGUGUGUUCUUGAGCUCUCCUGGGAAUGGCAAGAUUCUCUCCCACACUGACAUGGCUGCCAAGCUUUCUAAAGCCUUGAAGAGGCAUCACAGAAGAACCCAUUUCUUCAAUGCAUGUUUGUGUUCUCCCAAGAGAUUCCAUGGCAGAUAAUGAAGCAUUUGCAGGAAUUAAAGAUGUUUUAACCAAUUAAUACUGUAUUUUCCAUAUCAAAAUGUACAUCAUUCUCAUCAAGUAUAUAUAUAUAUAUAUAUAUGGAAAUGCAGAUAACACUCAAUCCUUCUUCUCUUUAAUCUAAUCAAUCCCAUUCUCUCUUUUAAUUUCUUUUUCUUCUUUUAAAAUCAUUAAAUUUGUGUUACAUU